GGGCGGGACUGUUCCACUCUGCCCCUGUCUCGGCGGACGGGCCGGCGAGAAGGAAGCAAGGAAGGCAGCAAAGGCGCAGGGAGUCAGCAAAGAGAGGCCAUGCUUCCACUGGGGAGAGCAGGCGGGUGGUUUCGGGCGCUGUCGGCAGUAUGUCUCGAGACAUCUGGCAAGUUUCCCAAAAGAUGCAUGUCCGCGGGGAGGAAAAAAGAGAUCCUGUUACAAGUUCAUGGGGAGGCGAACUGCGGCAUUGCAGAAAUUCAAAUGAACAGACCGCAUGCCAAAAAUUCACUGGGUAAAGUGUUUGUGAACGAACUUUAUGAAACCCUUGACAUUCUCCAUUAUGAUGAAAAUGUUCGUGUAGUGAUUAUCAAGAGCAAUGUAAAAGGUGUUUUUUGUGCAGGUGCUGACCUAAAAGAACGUGCUCAGAUGACUGAUUCUCAAGCUGUUCAUUUUGUUCAGGGGCUCAGAACCUUAAUGGAUGGUGUUGCUUCACUGCCAAUGCCAACCAUUGCUGCAAUUGAAGGCUAUGCAUUGGGCGGAGGCUUGGAACUGGCGCUAGCUUGUGAUCUCCGUGUGGCAGCAUCACCUGCAAAAAUGGGUCUCAUUGAGACAACCAGAGGACUUUUCCCAGGUGCAGGUGGAUCGCAACGUCUACCACGAUGCAUUGGAAUAGGCCGUGCAAAAGAACUCAUUUUCACUGGCAGACAGAUUGAUGGACAAGAAGCCUAUUCAAUUGGGCUAGUUAACCAUGUGGUGCAACAAAAUGAGGAGGGUGAUGCAGCUUAUCAAAGAGCAUUGGCUUUAGCUGAAGAAAUCGUUCCUCGGGCUCCAAUAGCAGUGAAAAUGAGUAAGGUGGCCAUAAACAGAGGAAGUGAGGUUGACAUCGCUUCUGGGAUGGCUAUUGAAGGAAUAUGUUACACUCUGAAUAUCCCUCUUACAAAGGAGCCGACUAGGAAGCUGGACAUUGGCUGCUUUCACUAGAGAAAUCGGUACUCCAAAGGAUUCCAUUUUAGCCAGGAUGAUUUUUGUCUCCAUCACAUGCCUGAAAUAACUCCCAAGAUAUGACAAAGACUGUAACUUUUAUAAAUUUUGUAUUCCAACUUGAUUCAUGUGGAUACCAUUUUUUAAAAUAAAGAGAAUUCAUUGAUAAA